UUAUAUCUACUACAACGCGACAGCCUUUCAACAAGUUCUUUUCUCUUAACUAUGUAUGACGCUUUUUAACUAUGUAUGUCGAUCCUACAGCUACAUGUAUAAAACUCGCGCUUUAUCUUCCUGUUUACCACUGUUCAUGAAGCAAAUCAAGUAGGCUCACCCCAAAUACGAUUUGACAUUUCAAAGGGGAGCAGCUUCCACAGUACGCUAAAAUGUCACCGACAAUAUCAUUUUGUUUGGUGAUGUCGAUGUUGACGGCAGCAAAAAGCACGACAAACACGUACAAGAUUGCUAGAGAAAGCCAUUCGUUAAAAUCGAUGGAGAACGAAAAUUUGAAGAUUAUCUUGAAUUAUGUUCGAAACAAGCAAGAAUUCUGUCCGCCGAUAUUUUCUCUCGUCUUCUCCGAUAUUCAAUCCAACUUUGUAGAUCUUGUAUCAAAAUACAUAGCAAGUGAGUCGAUUGUCAGUUACAAAAUCACGAUGAAUGAUCUCUCGCAGAAGUACACAUGGCAGAAUCGCAUCGAUCUCACGUGGAUCUUCUUCAUCGACAAUAUUAAUCUUUUGAAAUUUUUCAUGCGCGAAAACUACAUAUGGAAAGCUACCAAUCAGUAUCUGGUGAUCAUUACUGCUCCAAUCCCAUUGUCGCGCGACAUUUUUCAGACGAUUUGGAAAACUUACAGUGUCUACAGAAUCAUCUUUGUCUCAAUAGAAGAUGAUUUUCGAUGUCUAAGCAGAUAUCUACCGUUUGACAAGAAUCGGCAGAACGAGUAUGGUGUUGUGCGCAAGAUUUGUUUAACGAAUCGAACAAACAAUAUUGAGCUUUACACAAACUUCGAGAAUCUAAAUGGAUAUCCUAUACGUGUAAUUGUGUUCCGAUCACUGAUGAUGGAUGUUACGUUCGACAAGGAUACGAAGACAAACGAGUACAAAGGAUUGGACGCGAACGCGAUGGUUUUAUUGGAGAAAUCGAUGGGGGCUCAUUUUAACAUCAACGUGCUUUCAACCAAUUUCACUAAAGCGAAUUGGCAAGAUCCCUUUCAUAGUAGUCUUCAAUAUAUCGAGGACAAUAAUGCGGAAAUUAUCAUUACCAGUUUCUUCAUCCAUCAAUAUCAUGAAUAUCAAAGGUACGAGUUUACAGCCAGCGUUUACGAGGAUAAACUGUGCUUGAUUGCACCCACCGCUGGCUUUAUUCCUAAGUCAUACAUGCCGAUAAUGCCAUUCGCCUCCGAUUUAUGGACGGCUCUCGCGAUAUACAAUGUUCUCGUGUCCGUCUUGUGGUUCCUUAUCAAGUACUACAGCGGAUCGUUUCGCCGACAAGAGACCGUCCUACUUCCUUUAACGAGGGUGGAAUUUGUUUUUUCACAACGAUCGAAUUUACCACCAAGGAUACAUCCUUAUAUUGAGUCAUGUUUCGAUCUCGUCGAAACCUCGUGUUAUCCGUUGAAGGAGAACGGUGGUCCAGGUAGCAUGUCUCAGCGAGCCUUCUUAUUCGGCACCCUCUUCUUCGGACUCAUCAUCGUCGAUCUCUACCAAAGCUACCUCGUGUCCGGCUUGAGCAAUCCUUUCCAUUAUCCGGAGCUGAACACUUUGGAGGAUGUCGCCAACUCGAAUCUCACCAUUGUUACGAAAUAUCGCAAUUUGAAGGAGCACACCUUCGCGGAGAAUACUACGCUGGAUAAAAAGUUACGCAGUAAAACGAAAAUAAUAAUUUCCGACAAACCGAUCAACGACUUGGUGGCUUUUGGCAAGAAGGUAAUCGCCAUCGCUCGUUACUCUUCGACCAAACUGGACGAUCUCUCCAAGUACUUCGAUGCGGACGGUAACGAGUUACUUCAUCGAGUCGAGGAGUGCCCAACUACUUAUCUAUUGUCCUACGUAAUGAGCUUGCAUUCACCGUAUCGGGACAGAGUCAAUGUAUUGCUAUUACGAAUGCAGCAAACGGGCCUCAUUAAUCUAUGGUAUGAAAAUAUGACAUAUCCGAUAUAUAUAAUUAAGCAGAAAAGAAAGGUGGACAAGAAAGAGAGAAAAAUUCAAUUGAACAUGGAGCAUUAUUCUCUUACGUUUAUCGGACUUUCAAUUGGUUUAUUUUUCUGCACCGUCAUAUUCCUAGCGGAAUUGUACUUCGCCAAGAAAUCAUAAUCGCACAUAAGAGAGGGGAGUUCUUUAUCUAAUAUCGCAAAACUAAUUAUCUCUACCAUCUAUCCAUCUACUGUCUCUUUACAUUAAGGAUAAGACAAAAGUGGUAAAGUUAUUAAGAUUUGAGAUUAAUGUUCUCGUCUUAAAUUCAUAUCGUCUAGAAUAUUGAACAGAAAUAUGAUA